AUGGAUUAUAGACUUGUAAUUUUUGGGCUUUCGGUGUCAGUUGCCUUUCUAAUAUGCAGUGAGGCACCUUCUGUAAAAAUGACAAAUGCUGUCUGUAAGUCAUAUAACAAAUCGUGGGUCGCUGUCCAUUAUUGUCGCCUGAAGGCCUAUUCUCGAAACAAGACUAGCUUGAAUAUAAAUGCCACGUUUAUUGAGCCAGCCUAUCAUAUAUCCCUUCACUUGAAGAUGAUGAAGAAGGCCAGUGGAUACAAGCCGUUUCUUUUCGAUUACACCAUCGAUGCCUGUGAGUUUAUGAGAAGGCGAAACCAACCCGUUGCCAAGAUCAUCUGGAAUAUGAUCAAGGAUGUAUCCACCAUAAACCACACUUGUCCUUAUAUGGGCUUGCAAAUGUUAUCUGAUUUCUAUUCAAUUCAAUUUCCCGUUCAACUACCGACUGGAGAAUACCUUCUUUUAUUAGACUGGUAUUUCGAUGGGAAGCCGCAGUUCGCUACAAAUGUUUAUUUCACUUUUGUGGAGGAUUUUCUAACCCAGAAAAAAUAA